AUGAAGGUCGAUAACUUCUAUGUCUCUUACAAACGAGACACCAGACUCCUGCUAUACUGGAUUAUCAAGACUUCCAACGCCAUCAUUAAGAAGCUGAAAGAUUCUGCACACAAAGUUGCAUUAGAGGUCAAUAUCACAGGUCAGGUCUCCGUCUCCGACCUCAUUCCAUUGUCAGAACUCAUUGUAAAAUACCAUGGCGACAUUCCAUCUACGAUCUACCACUUGUUUCAGUCCGUCAUCAAAUUACGAUCUAUCUAUCACUCUCAGUUCCAGCAGCUUGCGGCAGCAACUCCCAGUGAAGAGCUGGAGACAAAUAACUCGACCCACAAAUUCUUCAUUGAUACUCUUACGCGGGCCUUUGAGGUCCUGGGUGGUGAAAAUUGGCUAUCUAAAGAACGAACGAAGCGAGCGAGCAACGAUAAGGUGGACGGGUGCGACACCAACACCUUUGAAUUUACAAACAAGUUCUCUUUGUUAGAUUUGGAGAGCGCCUCAGAAAACGAUGAUGGUUUGGGUGCUAAUAGCGAGGAAUCUGACAAACAAUCUGCACCUUCUCGGAAAAAGCGAAAGUUAAGAAAGGGCAAAAAGAGAGUCAAAGCAAGGAAAACCCAUCGAGAUUGCAAGUCUUCGAAAUCAGAUGGCAGAGCUCCGGACGUCACAUUGGAGAGUUACCGCAUAAUCGAAGAUGACGAUAUGACAGAGUAUUUCAUGGCUGUACUGGCGCUCACAAGAGACAUGCUUCAGUUUCGAUUGUUUCUUCAAGAUGUUUGGCGUAAAGUAGCCUACAAUAAUCUCAACAGUGCAGUGGCUGCAGCCAUCUCCAAUAUCGCUGUAGCAAUGGUCAAACAGUCUGAGAUAACCAUAUUCAGUGACUUUCCGGGGUAUGAAUCAUAUGAAAGGAUCAAGCAAGCUAUCCUGCGCGGCGAUACCGAACAAUCAAACAAUGAAAUCCGCUGCACCAUCGUUGUAGAAGGCCUUGCGCAGACUACGAAAGCACUGCUGGAUAAAAAAGAACUCUUCCUCAUCCAUACCUACCAUGACUUGGUCGACUUCAUAACGGACUAUCAGAAAACAAGGAGUGGAAAGCCUACAAAGCGUAUGCUCGCCCAAAUUGACAAUUGGAAUCCAAAUCUGAAUCUGCAGAAAGCGACCAAAGAAGAGAGGAUCAAAUGGAGGCGCUCAUACACCAUUAACUGGCUGUACGAUCUUGUCAACAUAACUGCAUGCGUUGCAGUACAUGGGGAACAUGCAAAAAAUGAACACUAUGUGUUGGAAGAAAUGGAUUGGUCUGACCAAGGUCCAUUAAGAUCACAUCACAGGAUGUUUGGUCUGAUUAACUUUGCCGCUGAAGUGACGACGCUCGCUAUGCAGAAACAUGGCACAGACUUCCGCCAUAAAAUCUCGCCGCAUCUCGUUUUUCACCUUCAGUGCAUUAUAGAUGCAUGGACUGUGUCUCGUGGAUGGGCAAUUUGCUGGAUGAAAGGCCAUGUCCUCAGCGAUCCGGCGCAGAACUUCCAACCUCGGCGUGACUUGGAAAUCUUUCUCGGCUGCGAAAAUUGGAAAGAAGAAAAGGGCGACGGAUUCUUUCAGGCAAUUAUCAUGCUCGACAAAUGUCUAGUGCGCUUGAAACACAAGGGCAGAAGCCUCGAGGUUAUACAGGAAUGCAUCGGUAUCCUCGACGAGCUUCGUCUUGAGUUCCUGGACGCAUUGGGGAAGUGUAAGAUUUUCCACAGUCUUUCAGCGUUGCUUCCCUCGAGAUUCGCUUCAAGAAAUCCCAACGGCGCUUGGGACUAUUCUCCUUUUCUCUGCGGUGCGGGCCUGGCGGAAGGCCUCGAGCUUUUGUAUCGGAGCAUCAUGGUCUUAUGGGAAGGGAUGCCGGAACCAAUGCUAAUCAUACACCUGCACCACAUGCUUGUGCAAAAAGGCCACCUCAAACAGACUAUAUCGCUCUAUGGCAAUCUGGGAAUGAUAUUUUCCGGUAGCUUCUUCUCUGGCGGGCAGCUUCCUAUCAGUGGUUUUUUUAAAGCUUUCCAUUCUCAAUUUGACAAGAGUCCCAGUCGAGAAGAAUCACAAAAGAUGAUGAAUCGUCGCGCGGUUGAAAAAGCCACUCGCGCCCGUGAUCUUCUCAACCUGGUUCCUUUGCCUUGUUUUAAGCAGAAAUCCAGUUUGACCAUGUACGCAUCGGCAGACUGGGAUCCAGAUCGAGUCCCGGAUAGCGAUGUCGACCCAUUGUCGGCCCUGGGAUUGAUUCGGCUUAGCCAGACCAGGCGCAUUCGAGAUCCAGUGACAUCCGUAUGGCGACUAGAGGAAACAGACUUGGUCCAACGGGCGCGUGCUGCGGGCAUGGGCGAAUCAAUCAUAUCAGCGCUUGAUCCAUUGUUUGAAAUGUUUAGAGACGAAAGACAAGCGCAGAUGGAUCGAGUGCGCUCAGAAUAUCCUUCUUGGCUCUACGAUGUCAACAAGGCGUCUAAGAAGGCAGAGAGCAGCGUCAAAACUACCAAAUGUGAGGUAACGGCAGAAAGGUUGCUGAGAAUCAUCUACAAAGACGUCCACAAUGACGUCUGCGGUCGUCUUCGAGCCUUUUCCAAUCUCAGCUAUAUAUAUAUCACGAUGCAGAUAAUACUGACUUUUGAAAAAUUUGAGUCAGAAUGUCAAACUAGCAGCAACCCUACUUUCAAGCUUCCACCGUUCGACGAUGCCGAGUUGGGAGAUCAAUGGGGAAUGCCGACUUCAGUUCACCUUGCGCUGAGUGCUCUACAUGGCAAGGAUGAAGAGCUGUUGAAGUCGAUGGCUGCAGCCUUUGAAAGAGGCGGAGGCCGGUUCAUGGAUUAUCUCUACUGGAAGGCUGAGGAUGAGGACAAGGACGAAACGAGCCGUGGGCCGGUGACGGAAGAUUGCAGUCCUGAUUGCUGUGUCAUGUAG